CACAACUUAGACAUCAUUCAACCCACCCAUCCACCCAGGAUUCUAGACGUCGGAACUUACCGCGCUUCCACAUCAUUUUCUCAGCGAGUCAUCACCACUCUUCCCCCCCAGCCCUCGCGCCCACUCCAUCGCUGUUUCCAACACGCCACGCUCCAUUUGCUCUCCAGAAUCAUGGCUGGCAUCAGGAAAAGGUCGACCAACCUCGCCCGCCGCAGGGCCUUGGACGACGAGGACAGGUCGGUGGCGGGUGUCGACGACUCGCAGAGCGACAUUUCGGCUCCCAGCGACGGGGACGAGCACGCCGACGCCGACAACAGCGACCUGAGCGAGGUGGACAGCUCUGCCUCUCUGACCGAGGGCAAGACCAAGCGGAAAUCAACACAGACGACCCCGGCUCGAGAUGUGAAGCCGCGGACAGACAUCAAGAGUCGACGCAUACCUUCACCGCCCAUUGCCCGCUCCGAUGCUGCUUUCCCACCCUCCAAGGACACUGAAAUGAUGCUCAACGGCCUCCAGCCAUCAGACAACCACGCCGGCGAUGAAGUCAUCGAUUUUGAGACGGCCAGCACCGUCGAGGCCGCCCCGCCCGUCGGGGGACCGUUGCCCGGCCGCAUGGAGUCGUUUGCGGAGCGGAAGAGACGGGAGCAUGAGGAAUACAAGAAGAAACGAGACUCGGAUCCAGCCUUCAUUCCAAACCGUGGCGCCUUCUUCAUGCACGACCAGCGCUCCUCGCAUGCACAGAACGGCUUCCGACAAUUUGGUGGUCGAGGUGGUCUGAGAGGAGGAGCAAGUGGAGGAGCACCCAUCGGAGGGCCAUUUUCACCAGCCAAUUUACGAAAAAAUGCGCCCGAAGCUACUGAAUCACCCUGGCAGCACGACCUGCACGAAACGGUCAACAACGCUGCUCCCACACAUCCAUCUGCUGCGACCAACGCAGCUCCUUCUACACAUCAGCCAUCGAAAGGUCCCAUGCACUCGAACCCAAAGCCCCCGCCGGUUCGGAACUUCUCCACAACCGUCCAUACCCACAAUGCUGCUGUUCGGGUGUUCCUUCCCGAUAUGAAAGCACCCAUCCUCUUCCAGAACGUCCCUAUCAAGCAACACACACGCCUACCGAAUCACCGACCGCCCCUUCGUCGUGACAAACCUGUCCGCGUCUCUCUUCCACCGGCUGCUCCUCGAUACAUCUUUCCCACGGUCGAACGUUCCUUCAUUUUCAUCCCUCGUGCACUUCGACCCAAUCAGCAAGGCUUCGGACGAGGGCGCGGAAGAGGAUUUGGAUCUUUCGGAGGUGGUUUCUCUAGCAGACGGACAAGCGUCUACGGUGGCAGUGUAUACUCUCCUAGUGUUGCUAUGAGUAGGCGAUCUUCUAUGGCCCGCGAAGUGGGUCGUGAUGGUAUGGUAUCCCCAGCUGGUUCCAUCAUGUCUCGUCCAGGUGGUUACAUGGAUCCCUCUCGCCCCAUUGUUCGACUUCCGCCCGGCGGGACCAAGGUACCGGGCGCACCGCCCGUUGUUUCUCCCAACAGCGGCACAUCUUUCAACAACAUGCAGCAACAACCUUACCCUCUCCCCCAGAACCCUACUUUCCGCGAAAACUGGCAGGGCCAGCUUCCAAUGCACCAGCCCCGUCCUCAAAAGACUGUGUCGGUGGCUGGAAUUGAGUCGCCCGCCUCGAUGAACUUCCAGGCUCCGCAGCAGCAAGAGCAACAGCCUUUCCACCAGCAAAUCCCCACCCACGUCAACGGAGCAGCCCAGCCCUCCGAGCCACAGCCGCUCUACCCCCACACACGUCAGCCUUCUUAUCCCAACCAGACAUCGACAGGAACUCCUCUAUCGAACAUUCCCGAACGAGCGAUUCAUGCUCCCGCAUUCCAACCGUUCCAACCUAGCUUCCCACCACAGGGCUACCCGGUUCCCCAGGGCUACUACUAUCCACAAAACAACGCUCAGCCUCAGUUUGCACCGCCUCCGGCCAAUAUGGUCCCCAUGUUCGUUCCAGGUCCCCAGCAAAGUGGUUACGGUAUGCCCAUGGCUGCUCCACCUGCGCCUCCGGCUCCCUCCGCUCCCGCUGCAUCUGGCCAGCCACAUACGGUUGCUUACGAAUCAAACGGAAUGACAUAUUACGUUGAUCCCUCUCAACUCUACGCACCUCCAAUGGAAGGAUAUCCUCCGGCUCCGGCUAGCUAUGCAGUGCCUGGCAUGGGAGGCAUGAUGACACCCGGUCCGGACGGCGCCUACUACUAUCCCCAGCAAAUGCCUGCUGCUCCUUACUACGCGCCCCAGUAG